AUGGCGACUUCCGAAGAAACUCCUCUUCUAGAAGAAUACGUCAUCGACGCCGUUGACCACGCCGGAGUUGCCGCCGGAAGAUCCAAAACCGGUCGAUGGAAAGCCGCCUGGUUCAUAAUCGGUGUGGAGAUUGCAGAGAGAUUUGCGUUCUUUGGGAUUGCAACAAACCUGAUUAGCUACUUGACUGGACCAUUUGGUCAAUCUACGGCGGUUGCAGCCGCCAAUGUCAACGCUUGGUCGGGAAUUUCCCUUCUUCUUCCUGUUCUUGGAGCUUUUGUCGCUGACGCUUUUCUUGGUCGGUACCGAACAAUUAUCAUCGCUUCUCUUAUCUACGUAUUGGGGUUAGUAUUUUUGACUUUGUCGGCGUUUCUGGCUCCUAUCACUAGCGACGAAACCGAAGUAUCAUCUUCACCUUCUUCCUUGCUCAGUGUACUAUUCUUCUUCUCUUUGUAUCUGGUGGCUAUUGGACAAAGUGGCCAUAAGCCUUGUGUUCAGGCUUUUGGGGCAGACCAGUUUGACGAGAAACACCGGAAAGAGAACAGAGAUAGAAGCUCCUUCUUUAACUGGUGGUACGUUAGUAUGGCUGUAGGGAUCUCCAUGGCCAUAGUAGUUGUUGGAUACAUUCAGGAAGCCGUCAGUUGGGCACUCGGGUAUGGAAUCCCGAGUGUGUUCAUGGUGUUCUCUCUUGUUCUUUUCGUGCUUGGGAGAAAGAGUUACAGGUACGCCAAAAGAAGACCGGAAGAGAAAAUCAACCCUUUUAACAGGAUAGGUAGAGUCUUCACUGUAGCAUUCAAGAACCGAGGAUUGUGUCAAGUUAAGACUGAGCUGGAGGCAAAUCCAUCUCAAGGAUGUCCAGAGAGGCUAAGGUUCCUCAACAAAGCCUUGCUUGCCCCAAAUGAAUGCAAUGCUAGUGAUGUCGAAGAUGCCACAGCUCUUGUUAGGCUUAUCCCAAUAUGGCUUACAACUUUGGCCCACACCAUAGCUGUUGCGCAAUUCAUGACUUUCUUCACAAAGCAAGGCGCCACCAUGGAAAGAACAAUAUUUCCGGGAGUAAAGAUCCCGGCUGCUUCUCUUCAGGUCCUAAUCGGCACAUCAGUUGUCCUCUUUGUCCCCAUCUACGACCGUGUUUUGGUCCCAAUCGCCAGGUCUAUAACCAAAGAUCCUUGUGGCAUCACAAUGCUAAAAAGAAUGGGAACCGGAAUGGUACUAGUAACUCUCACUAUGGUGGUUGCAGCUCUGGUUGAGUCAAAGCGGCUCAAGACUGCAAAAGAACACGGGCUUAUAGACCAACCGAAAACAACCAUUCCAAUGUCGAUAUGGUGGUUAAUCCCUCAGUAUUUGUUGCUAGGUUUGGCUGACGUACUCACUUUAGUGGGAAUGCAAGAGUUCUACUACAGCCAAGUCCCUACCGAGCUGAGAAGUAUCGGUAUCUCGCUUUACUUAAGCGCGACGGGCGUGGGAAGCUUAUUGAGCAGUUUACUCAUCUUUCUUAUCGACUUGGCCACUGGAGGAGACACCGGAAACAGCUGGUUCAACAAUAAUCUGAACAGAGCCCAUCUUGAUUACUUCUACUGGUUACUUGCGGUUAUUACCGCCUUGGGGUUCUCUGCUUUCUUGUUCGUUUCUAAGUCGUAUGUCUAUCGCCGUGUGGACGGAAUGUAG